AUGCAACAAGUGGUUUCUCUCGAUCCUCUCGCUCUUCAAGACAAGAAAACACAAUGCAUCUACACACAUUGUUAUUGUGAGGAAAAUAUUUGGAAAUUAUGUGAAAGGAUGAAAACAGAAAAUCCGUUGGAAUUGGAUAAUUGUUAUGCUAUAUUUCUUUCAUCGGAAAAAAGCGUACUGCCCAUGUGGUAUCAAAAGGAUAAUGGAGAGUUGAUUGUUUGGGAUUAUCAUGUCAUUCUUAUUCACAAAGGUUCCAAUUCUUCAUCAACAGUUUAUGACUUUGACACACGUCUUCCGUUUCCAACCUCCUUCUCGAACUAUGUGUUUCGAUCAUGGCUUGUCACAUAUCUUCUGCCAAAUCCUCCUAAAAGAUUAAUUUCAAUGAUUAAUGAUUUACUUUUCAGAAUCGUUCCAGCGAGAGAAUAUUUAGAAACUUUCAGUUCCGAUCGGUCGCAUAUGUGGAAUGCAGAAACAAAUUCGUAUUCUGCUCCACCUCCUUCCUAUCCAUGUAUUCAAGGUAAUACUUCGACUCGGAUGAAUUUGGAUGAUUUCAGAAUGAUGAAUCAAGGAAAGAAGGAACAAGUUUACACAUUGAAUGGAUUAUGUGAACUUUUUGGAAUGGGCUCUGUUCAAACGAUUUUGGAAGAACAUUGCAAACACUUGACAACAAGAAAAACUAGUAAUGACAAUGAUGAAGCCAAUGACGACGAAGAGAACUUGGAGUAA